CCAUCCAUCUUCCUCGAUCCUUGCGCAUCCAUCCAGAGCUCGCGGCCCGAUUCUGAAGUUUGGAAUCGAACUUCGUAAAGUUGAGAUCUUUAUCGAAGUUUGACGCUCCUCCACGAUCGCAUGUCUUCCGUCGAGCUUUGAUCCGCGAUGAGGGGAGCGGUGGUGCGGAAGCGGGUUCGCCGGGAGGGGAAGGCCGCUCCUCCUUCCUCAUCCCCAGCGAAACGGGGACUACCUUCCGACGAUCUCAGCCGUCGCCGACCGGGGGGCGGCACCAAUGAUCCGGCGCUCGCGGAAGCCGCCGGAACCGCGGCGGCGGGAUGCGCCGCGCUCUGCUGCUGCUGCCCCUGCGCCCUCCUGAGCCUCCUCUUCGCCGUCGCGCUGAAGCUUCCGGCGGCGCUAUUGCGGCGGGCGCUGACGCGGCGGCGGAGGAAGUGCUGGGCCAGAACCGGCGUUUGGAAGACGAAAAGCGGCGCAUUUCGCGACGGCGACGACGAUCUCAGACGGCGUGAUUGGGGACUUAGUAGCGAGGGGACGACUUGGCCGGCGAUCUCGCAGUGCCGGGAGACAGCGGAGCUGGAAAAGGAGAUGCUGAGCAAGUUCCGAAGCGCCGGAUUCUGGCGGAGCCUGUCGCGCAGCCAAAGGGAGUGAUGAAACAGCACGACUCUCUUCCUCUCCCGCAGAUCAGGAGACGAUCAAACUAAAGGGCUAAUGUACAUAUGUUCUUGUUAAAUUAAAGAAGAAUUCAUAUCUGAUGAA